AUGGGUGGGGGGUCCCCAGAGGGGGGGUCCCCAGAGGGGGGGUCCCCCGAACAGGAGGGGUUCUUCUCGCUGCUGAGCUCCGUGCAGGGCACGCGCAUGGACGAGCAGCGCUGCAGCCUCGGCGGGGGCGGCGGCGCGGGGGGCACGGUGCCACCCCCCGAGCUGGCCUCGCUGCUGGACAUGGUGGCCAGCUCGCAGGGCCGCAGGAUGGACGAGCAGCGGCUGCCGGUGCCCCGCCUGCCCGGCUUCGGCUCGGGGGGCACGCAGCGCGUGCCUGGCACCGGUGUCACCGUGUGCCCACGGUGA